UGUAAACACAACGAACACGUGUUUUUAUUAUUUCUUAAUUCUUUCUAGUGUCUACAUGACUACAUUUUUUAUUGGAAUUUCGCUUUUGACUUUCGAGUGGUGGCUGUUACCUGCAUCAAUAAAACGAUUUUGUACGAAUUUUCAGUUAAAUUUUAAUCAACCAAAAUGGGUAAAAAACGACGACGUACCGAUGAAGAUACGGAAUUCGAUUUAAGCAAAAAGGCAAAAGAAGUGAAAGACGACAACGAGAAACGAUUGAUCGUCGUGUUGGAAAACGCUCAGUUGGAGACGGUCAAAGUUGGAAAAGCUUUUGAAUUGUUAAAUCCCGACGAACACGGCCACAUAUUACGUAAACAUGGCCGAGAACUCGGCAAUUGCAGACCGGAUAUAGCCCACCAGUGUCUGUUAAUGUUGUUCGACAGUCCAUUGAACAGAGCUGGUUUGCUCCAGGUGUACAUUCACACCGAAAACAACGUUCUCAUCGAAAUUAAUCCUCAAACGAGGAUACCGAGGACUUUCAAACGAUUUGCUGGACUCAUGGUCCAGCUGUUACACAAAUUUAGUGUACGUGCUGCGGAAACGUCCGCUAAACUAAUGAAAGUCAUCAAAAACCCUAUAACUGACCACAUGCCGGCGGGUUGUCGGAAAAUAGCUACCUCUUUUUCUGCAGGAAAAGCCAUCAAGCCUUCUGAGUUUGUGUCUCAAGACGCUCCAGUAGCGUUUGUUGUUGGAGCGAUGGCACACGGACAGAUAAAAGCCGAUUACGCUGAAGAAACCGUAUCGAUUAGUAACUAUCCGCUAUCGGCUGCUUUGACUUGUACAAAAAUAUGUUCCGCUUUCGAGGAAGGUUGGGGCAUACUGUAACAUAAGAUACUUUGUUUUGUUUGUUUUCAUUAAAACAAUUAUAUGACGAUAUCCGUUGGUAUGUAAUUCAUUUUACCAAGCAGUUUCAAAAAUAUAUAAUUUGUAAUUCGUUUUAAUUAUAUUUAAAGAACUUUGAUAAUCGUU